AUGCUGACUAAUGAUUUUCAUAAAAGACUUAUUGAAGAAUCCCAAAAGCAAGCCACUGUGAGCGAAGAUAAACGAUAUGGUGUUCAUUUUGAAUAUAACGAUCUCGUAAGAAGACUUACGAAAUUGAAAAUCGAAAAAGAAAAGAUUAUUCCUAUAUCUAUCUCUCAAAAUAGGCUAGAUAAAGGACAUAAGAUUGAGCUAUUGCAGACUUCCCGUGUAAUUACCAAUUUUGGAGCGCUCAAAAGAGAAUCUCCGCUGAGAGAUUUAAGCACUUCGCGACUACACUUACGAAUUACACAAUCCAAGUCUCCAAUGAGAAUAAAGCUAAGUUCAACAAUCAAGCCGUUGAAUAGAAUUCCUCACGAAAAACAAAUUGAUCUAUCUCCCCUUAGAACCCAUUCCAAUAUAAGACUAAGGACAAACAAAUCCAAAAAACUGUAG